UGAACCCUGCCCUACGCCGGAGAAAUUCGCUGGCUGCCUUGAUGAACAAUUGUUCGUCUCCAGCCGGGAGUGGGAGCCGUAUAUUGUCUUUGUGGGAGGAUGGCACGGUUGAACCCUGCCCUACGCCGGAGAAAUUCGCUGGCUGCCUUGAUGAACAAUUGUUCGUCUCCAGCCGGGAGUGGGAAGUUGUCACUCUCCUUUUGUAAAUCAAUAAGGCAUUUUGGUUUUACUCACUUCAUUAUAGGUCUAAAUUUAACUACGGCAAAGCCAAUGCUUUUGAUACCAACAGUUUUCGAUGGAUUGACGAUUCUCCUCUCUCUCUCUCUCUCUCUCUC